AUUGACAUUGAUUAUCCUUUUAAAUUUCCGUGCAAUCCUACAACAGGAUUCAAUGAAACUGAUUUUUCAAAUUUCCUAAGUGCCAUAUCAGCACGAUUAGGUAAUAAAAAUUUAACAAUUACAGCAGGCCAAUAUCCUAUAAAAGGCAUCAACUCAAAUAUCAUUAGUUUUAUAAAUAUUAAGGCAUUUCGUCUUAACAUAAAUAACACGCACUCAAGUGCUGGAAUAGACAGAAUCUCGCAAAUUUUAAAUGAUUGGAAUUUUAUAGAUCAUUCCAAACUCGUUUUAGGCGUUGAAUUUGGAGGAAUU